UUUCCUCAAAACUUGCUUUCUUUUAAUAUUUUCUGAUUGAGCUCCAGUUUUCUGCUUAUCUCUUAUUUGUAUUUUGUGUCAUAAUUAAAUACAUAGAAAAUAGACUCAAUCACCUGUGUUCUACAUUUAAUUAAUAGUGCUAAACUAAAUUAAUAUAUAAAGUGAACAUGACUUUCCAAUCGCCAAUGCCUAGUCGAGAGUUUCUGUGGGACAUUUUCAGAAGAGUGGACAAAGACAGAAGUGGCUAUAUAUCUGCAGAUGAGCUACAGCUGGCACUCUCUAACGGAACAUGGAAUCCAUUUAACCCUGAAACUGUGAGGCUUAUGAUUGGUAUGUUUGACAAGCAGAACAGAGGUGUAAUAUCGUUCGAAGACUUCGGCGCGCUCUGGAAAUAUGUGAGCGAUUGGCAAAACUGUUUCCGGUCGUUCGACCGCGACAACUCCGGGAACAUAGACAAGGUGGAGUUGAAGAAUGCGCUCACAGCGUUCGGGUACAGACUGUCGGAUGACGUGGUCAACAUGAUGGUGCAGAAGUUUGACAGAUUUGGCCGAGGAACCAUUCUGUUUGACGACUUCAUUCAGUGCUGCGUCACUUUAUAUACAUUAACAUCCUCGUUCCGCCAGUUCGACACAGACCAGGACGGCGUCAUAACGAUACACUACGAACAGUUCCUCAAAAUGGUGUUUGGAUUGAAGGUAUAAAAGACACGCGAAUGGUUUUAUCAUUUAAAAAAAUGUCGUCGGAAUACGUCUUCUCAUGUGCACAAAUCUCUAAACUAAAUUAAAUAAACAGCUGAUUUAAUAUGAAAUAGUGUGGCCUGAUAAUCUGAGAAGUGUUGGAUUCGAUUCCCGCCGUUAGAAUAUUGUUGUACCCACUCCUUUUCACUUGGUUAAAGUAUUAGUUUUACAAAAGGACAGGUAACAUUUGAAAAAAAAAAUCUAGUAGGCCUUAUCAUCUUCAAAAGCAGAAGGAUAGAACAAUUUUUAGACAGAUUUGUCUACAACAUAAAUUCUAGUUUUGGUACUUAUACUUAAAGGUUUUUAUUUAAGUUAAUCUCAUGAAAAAAUUUCCAUUAAGGUUAAAACCGAUCCAGUGGCUAGUAAUGAGUAUUUUUAUCUAUAAACAGAUAUAUUUUUAUGAUAUAGAUAUAUAACACUAAAUAAUAAAACUGACUCACAGCAAAAAUAGUUUUAACAUUCCGAUAUCAUUAUUUUUAAGCCAGUACCAAAAGUUAGAUUUUUUAAUUGGGUAACCAUUGCUUCUUUAUUGUGUCUUGAAUGUCGAAGAUAUGAGAUUAUAUUUAUUUAUAUUAAUAUUAAUAUUUAUAUAUUUUGGUUGAUGUAAAGUGAUGUACUUACUAAUUAAACUCAGAGCACAUUAAGAAUGGAUCAUUUUCAUAAUGUGUUGUGUGAAAUCACAUCAGCACAGCAGUAAAGGCAUUACAAAUAAAUUCCUACUCAGAGAGAUAAGUAAAUAGACAGAUAUAUCGCAUUCCGUCAAAAAAGAGACCAAUGGGAAUGACAUUCAAUGUCGACAGGUCACAAAAUCAAGUUUUGAUAUCAAAAUCAAGUAAUUUCUGACUUAUUACAGCAAUUGGUUGUCUAUUUCCUUUCUUGUAUAUGUUAUUUUUGAUUCAAUAUGUUAACUAUUUUGACAGUUUGUCAAUUUGGUUUGAUCCAACUGUGUGAAGGUCUUAAUCAUUAUUGUCAAUAUGUGCCAGUGCCAUUUCUUUUUAAACAUAUUUAUACAAAAGCAUUGUAUAUGCUGUAAAUACAAAUAUCGAUCUGCUAGUGAAAGGCCCGUCAAAAUCGGUAAAGCCGUUUCAGAGAUUUGUCGGAUCACACAGAUUAACAGGUUAAAUAAAUAAUUCAAAAAUUGGUUUUCGUUCACUAUUUGUACUGCGUUAUCAGAAAAAACUUCGAUUUCAGUUAUGUACCUACAAAGUAUUACAACAUGAAAAGUGUUAAAUUUUUAUUUUACGUGUUUUUGAUAGCUGUGUUGAAUUUAUUGAAUGUGGAGUGGAUUAAAGUUAUAAAAGUAUAAAAAAAUAUAUAUAAAAUAUUAUAUUUGAUGUUGCUUGUGAAAAAUAUGCUUUUGGAAAAUAUUCGGUGCUUUGUUCAGCCAAACGAUCUUUUUUGAGAUCUAAUAUAUGAAAAAAAACAUCACAAUGCAAAUCGUUAGAAUCUGUCAUAUAUAAUAAUCUCGAAAAGUUUAUAUUAGUAGAUGUAUAAGGAUAAAGCAGGCCGUGGUUUGCGACAUAGCGCAUAUGUGUUUUGAUUGCAUUAAUAAUAAUGUUAUAUUCAGCAUAUAUUUUAUUCAUGUUGUGUCAGACAACAGUGGUUGUCAACCAGUUGACUAACCAACCAAGCAGUUUAGUUAAUUGUAACCAAUCGAGUCUUUGAACGAUAAUGACUAUCAUUAUGUACUCAGAGGCACAAUUAUCCGCCCACUUUAAUAUACUCGCGUCAUAAUAAAGAGGGCGGAUAAUGAGAGGCCUCUGAGUAUAAUAUGGACUAUAGUCAACAUCUUCAUUGGUCUUCAUUAGGUCCUGAGAUCCUAUAAAAGUGUGGCAACUGUUAUCGGUUUCCGGUACGUACAGGCUACAGUUGCAAAUCACGGCCUAUCAACUAUUUAAACUAGGCGUUAAACAAUGAUAUAAAUUGUUAUUACAUUGGCCUAUUUUUUCUGUACUCAAAAUGCACAUACAGAUAAUAUUAAUUACGAAAUAUAGUUUUUUUUACAAUUAUAUAAUAUAUUUUUUAAUAUAAAAUAGGUACGCGUAUGUUAUAUAGAAAUACAUUAUAAUACUAAUAAUAACAUAUAAUACAUACUGGCUUCCUCACAGAAUGUAAACAUUAUUUCUAUCCAAUGUUGCGAAAUAUUUCUGAAAUUAGAGAGUACAUUUAUUUUAUUUUUGUUUAUGUUUUUAAGUUAAUAUCACUAAAGCAAAGCUGUAUUGUCAAUUUUGAAAAAAAAUUUAAAAAUUACGGCGCGUUGCGUAAACAAUUUCUGGAUUAAUUGUCAUCCUCUUCACAUGUUUCCAAAAAAAAACAUUGAAUUAAAUUUAAUUUCUCGUGAAUUUGUCUAGGUAUUCUGUUCGGUUGUAAAGUUUCCAGCAAAAGAAUCUAUUCCAUUAUGAAAAUAUAAGAAAACGGUCGAAAAAUUUAUACAAUCUGGUAAAUAAUGUUUAUUUCUGUUUGCGAGUCUAUCUGCCGUCUAUAAAUUCACUCCGUGAACACUCGUGGAUAGACGUAGGUAUAUAAAGUCUGGCUAGUUGAUGACACACCCAUGAUAUGCGGGCGAUGAGGGGGGGGGGGGAUUAUUAUUAAUAUUGGUCAGAUCACAGACAUAGCGCGUUUAUGUGUGUAAACUGAAGAUCCAUUUCGUUACAGAACACUUCUUCACACACCAAUGCGCUGUGGGUCGAAUUUCAAACGUACACAAACUAUACACACAUUCAUAAUCUAUAAAUGUGUUAUUUAUUAAAUGCCGGCUCCACAUUAGUGCCGUGAAUCACGCGCGAAUUCUCGCCAUGAAUUCUCGGCACGAGUCCAUCCUCCACAUUCACGGGAUGCUCACAAUCGUUUGAAACCCGCCAUGUAAUGUCUUUAACUUCGUUUGCUAUGUCCCUAUACUACUAUUUAGAUGGACCGUGAAUGUGGAUGUGAAGGAGGCGCGAACCCUUUGUCGCGGGACAAAAUACCGACUCUGAUCUGAAACAUGCGUGAACGUGCGUGAAUCCCGCGAAAACAUUUACGUUCGCGGCCUGUUCACGGAACUUCACAGCACUAAUGUGGAGCCGGCAUUACACGAUAUGUACAAAUAUUCACGGCGUGAGUCUAUGGGUCUAUGUAUUGUGUCUAACCGCGAAUUUCUCUCUUCCGUCCAGUGUUGGCCGUAACCGUCGGUCUGCAAGCGUCGCAAAGGUUUGCCCUCAAUACCACUACACUAAUAACUCAACUUGGUUGUCGCUAGUGCCCUUGAAAACGUACUGCAAGUUCGAGUGUUCUCUGUAAUGUCAAAGUAAAGUGAGACUUAAUGGCUCUAUUUUAAAACUCAGUUUAGUGUAAAAGUUUACACCUUAUCAUCAUCAUGGUAACUUGACCAAAUCAAGUCCUAUAGAUACCAAAUAAGGUAAGAUUGAGAUUUUCUUAAUUGGUCCAGGUCUGGCUAGUUACCACCCUACUGACAAAGACGUACCGCCAAGCGAUUUAGCGUUCCAGUACGAUGUCGUGUAGAAACCGAAAAGGGGUGUGGAUUUCCAUCCUCCUCCUAACAAUUUAGCCCGCUUCCAUCUUAGACUGCAUCAUUACUUACCAUCAGGUGAGAUUGUACUCAAGGGCUAACUUAUAAAAUAAAAAAAGUUCACAGGGUCAACAAGACUGAUAUUUAGCUUACAACCUCCGUCACUAACAUCCAUUUAUACCGAGGGUUAUAAGAACCGUGAUAGCCCAGUGGAUACUGACCUCUGCCUCAGAUUCCGGAGGGUGUAGGUUCGAAUCCGGUCCCGGGGCGUGCACCUUAACUCAACUUUUCAGUGUGCAUUUAAAAAAAAUAAAUAUCACGUGUCUCAAAUGGUGAAAGAGAAACAUUGUGAGGAAACAUGCAUACCUGAGAAAUUUCUUAAUUCUAAGCGUGUGUGAAGUCUGUCAAUUUUGGUUCUUUUUCGUUUUCUGCCAAGUAUUGUCAGCGUGAUGGACUAUUUGACCUAACCCCUUUCAUACACAGAGGAGACUCGAGCUUAGCAGUGAACUAAUGAUAAUUAAUGAUGAUACCGUGGUCCGAUCCGAGUAUCACAUGGGAAGCCCUUAGAAAGACACACACCUUCACAGUGACGCUGCCCCGUUAAAGGGCAUACAAUCAGCUAUACCACAGCCCUACCCAAUGUAACAUACUGUUUACUAACAAACAAAUUAAAAAUGAGGGUAUAAAUCAGUAGUCAUUUUACACACAAUCACAUUGAGUAGGGCUGUAGGUAUGUUAUAUAGUUAGAACCAUUUCAUGUUGCUCUAAAUACUUAAUGAAAAUAAAGUACAUAAAUACGAAUUUAAUAGAACGUCUAUUAAGUCUACGCUACUUUGAAUUUAUAGAGUAAUUACUCGUGAAUGCUCAAACUAAUCAACUUGCAAGUUUAUGUUUACUAAUAUGCGUGCCAAGAGAUAUUGAGAUAAGUUUGUCUUCAUAAUACCUGUAUCGUAUCACUCCCUCUUUUGUGCGAGAGCUAUAUUUAUUUGUCUUGUCGUUGUGAUAGAACGAAAGAGAGACGUCAACGAAGCGCGGAUUCAGUAAUUUCUUUUAUUUUCGUCUACUCGUUUUUUUUGUCGGUCGUCUAUAAUGCCCCCCUAGACGGGAUGCUAACUAAGCAAUUACUUAAAUAGCUUACGGGUUAAUCCAGGACUGAAUAUAGGGUAAGUUGCAAAAUUAUAUCGAUAUCCCUUGGCGCAUCUAUUAGGCCACAAGAUUCGGAAUAAUAAUUGUGCGCUCGUCUCGUAAUGUGCAGUCAGCUUGUAUUGGGUUCUAGUUCGCGCAUUUAUAAUAAAAAAAAUUGUUUAAUAGGAAUUCAUAUUGAGAACAUAGCAUGAAACUCAGCCUUUGAUUUAUUUACAUCUCUUUGGAUUUGUCUACCAAUAAAUUUUAGGGAUGUCUUCUGAUUGUGUUUGUGUAGUAUAUUAUGUUUUAUUCAUAGAAUUGUGUGUGUUAAAAUGUUAUUCAUAGAAUUUUUUAACAAGCUAAAUCGCGAGCUUAAUCUGGACCCAAUAAAAGCUUUCCAUACUAUACAAAUUUCAAUGUUAUUAAAAUAGAAUUAAGUAUAAUUUAACGUACUUGGUUUUACUUGCAUUUACACACAUCUUUAUCACAUCUCAUUGUAAAGUAUGAGUAAUUUUUUAUUUAAUUCGUUCUACUCGUAAAGCGAAAUUGCUUGGAUGAUUCAUAAUUGGUCGUACCUCGUUGUUUUGGCAAUGUUAAAUCACGUUAACUUUUUUAAAAGAUAGUAGAAAUGUGGCAUUUUUAGUGCUAAAUGAUCUGAUUAACAAAAGGGUCAAGUAUCUGACGAGCGUCAGAAGCAAACGUGAGCACUGGCUCAAUCGUUCACACGAAGUGUCAGUUUUCUGACAAAACUGCAACAACCGAAUAGUAAAAACGAAACUGUUUAGUAAAAAAAUUCUCAUGCUUACUCUAAUACCUUUACAAUUCAUAUAUGUCUUGUUACAAGGGAGAAAAAAUGUCUUUUCCAGUGAUCAAAUCCUUCAGCUAUAAAUUAUAUGUAUAGCUCUGUCAGUACAUUUCAUAUUUCAUUAUAUUUUUGAUAUUUAUUGUUCUUUCCAUGUUCAUCAAUAUCAUUAUUAAUAAUUAUUAUUUAGUUCGUUAAAUAUUUUUAUACUAUGUAGAGUAGUUUACAUUUAAAUCUUACCUUUUUCUAAAGUAUAUAAAUAUUGCUAUAAAAUUUGCCAAAUAAAUAAGACAGAUAGAAUAGUAUUAGAGCAUAGAGUUAUGAUUGGAAUUCAAUAGACAAAGUAGAAAGUAGUUUUUGGAUCUGUGUGAUCACUAGUGAUGCAUGGAAAGCGGCCAUGUUGCAUACAAAAAUUUGUUUUGGGUGAUCUUUGAUGAAUUUUCCACCAUAACUCUUUAUGGUCUAUGCUAUUCUAUCCGACAAAUUUAAUAUUGUGUAAAAGUGUAUAUUGGAAAUAUAAUAUAAUAUAAAUACAUUGAUUAUAAUUAUAUAAAUGGAUGAAAACUAUUGUAGAUUUCUAUUUUAAUUACUUAACUACAAGAUGAUAAAGUAUAUUUAAAGUUAUUUGUUUCUUAAAAUAUGUUUGAAGUAUGAGGCAAACUGCGCUGCAACGCUACUAAAUCACAAAAACGUUGUGUUUCGGUUUGUUCUCUAUACGAAUUACUAUAGUCUGGCGAGUUUGUUGGUAACACUCCCAUGUUAUGCGGGCGACGGGCGGAAAGACUGUGCGGGUAUGAAAUAGUGCGUGCGGGGAAGUGACGUACAUCAGUCGUGGGGUUUUUAAUUCAUCGCUACAUGCCCCCCGCCCCGCGCGCAACAUCGGGAGUGUUACGAACGAAGUUGCCAAGCUAAAAUUGGUUGCUCAAACCUGAGCUCAAAGACAAGUCAAACAUUAUGGUCUGCUCAUAAAAUGAUUUUUCACAAAUUUGACAUUAUAAGGCUAAAACAUAUUUGAAAUAUUCAUGUACACCUAUUUAUGCCAAAAGCUUGAUUGUUGUUUGUAUGUUGUAUAAAUAUAUGUAUUACUCCAUUACUUUUGAUUCUAAAUAAAUGUUCAAUGAACAAUU